CCACACAUAACGUUUGUAAUGAGGGUUGGGUCGCCUAUCGGGACGAGAAGUGUUACCGUGUGUUCAACACAACCCCUCCCAUGACAUACACCCAAAGUGUUGAAUUCUGCGCCGGACUCCAGGCGUUGCCGUUUAGCACCACUUUAACCACCAUUCAUACGGCGGACGAGCAGUCAUUUCUAACACACUAUUUGGCCAAAGUUUUCGCCGACGGGACUAACGUAUGGAUCGGCGCCCGACAGCGUCGUCGGUCGAGCACUGGUUUCCAAUGGACCGACGGUACGGACAUGGAGUACAGCCGGUGGCUGUCGGGUGAACCCACGAACGACCCGGGCUAUGACUGCGUGACAAUGAAAUCCAUGUAUUCAACGGUGGGUGCGAUAGAAACGCACGGCGAGUGGGCGAACGUGUUGUGCGGUUCGGCACACGUAGUGCUGUGUCAACGGCUACAGUACUGGACGUAUCAACAAUCGCAGCCCAUUUUAAUGGCUACGCGCCGGCGCACCAAUUGGCUCACCGACGAGCUAAAUACUUUGCAACGCGCCCUAAAUGCCACUCAACACGAUCGGGAUGUUUUGAAAAAUGACCUAGUUGAUACCCAACAUGUAUUGCCAGCCGUACCACUGGUGGUGAAGAGUCCAUACCUGUCCACCUGGUUAUUUGGCAGCCAAUUAUCAGGCGAUUGGCCCCGAUUCUACACCGGAGCCGUUACAGGUAUGGCCGGUAUGGUUCGGGUCGACGGACAGACCUUUGUGUUUAUGGGUGGUCUCGAAGGCAUUCGAGCCGUACAGACGGGUCUUCGCGUAACUCCAACCCAAUCGGUGUUCACAUUCACCGCCGGACCCAUAGAACUGGUCGUAAACUUCUUCACU